AUGUCCGAUAGACCAGCGAGGGUGGAUGCGCUGGUCAGUACUUUGGGAAGGAUCUGGGGUCCGUUCAAGGGGAUUGAAUGCAAAGAUCUUGGUAUGAACCAGUUCCUCUUCACCUUCCGAGAAAUGACAUGGAGAGAUAAAGCUCUGAAUAAUGGGCCUUGGAUGUUCAACAAAAGCUUCCUAGUGAUGGAGAAAUUCAACCCGGCCAAGACCCUGGAUGAAUACGAAUUCAGGUACGCACCAAUAUGGGUUAGAGUUUAUCAUAUUGCUAUGGGGUGGAUGAGUAGAGAAUCCAGUGAAGAAAUAGGAGAAGUACUCGAUGUAGAUGUUGAUGAUUGCGGCAUGGCCAUGUGGGAGUACAUGAGAAUGAAAGUUUGA